AUGGCUGCUGCUAUGCUGAACACAAUUAAUGCAAGCUUCAAACAAAAGACUCAGAACAAUCACACAAUUUAUAAACAAAUUACUGCUCUUCUUACAUUGCUUGCAGAAGAUCUGAACAAGCUUUUCAAUCUCUUGAAUGAUCAGACUCUUCAAAUUCAAUGUACAAUGCAAUCUGAGAUUCUGAUCAUCUCACAGUUGCAGAUCACAAAUCCAGUCUCUCUUCAGCAUCUGUGUAAUGUUUGCAGAGGGGUGGCAGAGAUGUUUCUCAAGAAACACUUGAGCAUCUUCAAAUGGUAG